CACCUGCAGUCGCACACUGGUUGUGUGUUUGAUUCAUAGCUAGAGAGAGGAGACGAGGAAGUAGCGGGUGAGUGAUGGUAAUGAAUUCAGGUGACAUUAUUAUAAUAUUAUCCAGCGUAAUAGCUCCAAAAUGGCUGAUUUAUGGGCCGAUGUAUAUAACAACGCAGCGCUGCUUGAGGAGAUAGCCCCCAAUGCUGUUGAUGCAGCCCUCCUGCAAGGAAUUGUUAUGAGGACAAAGGAGAGUCCAAAUUCAUCUGAUGUGGUGAAUUUUGCUCCAUUCACUUUGCUUCCUUCUCCUGUGCCGAGACACCUCUUUGAACAAGCAAAGUCUGUCCAAGAAGAUUUUAAUUUGCUGGUGGAUCGCCUCAGCCAGAACCUGUCAUUCCUGGAGAGUGCGCUUUCAAGCACCAUAAAAGUGGACGACUUCAUAGAGCGUCUUUUCAAAAUUUAUAGACACGUGCUGGAUGAAGGCCUGGCUCAGACUGUGUUUUUGGGCAUCAAUCGCUCAGACUACAUGUUUGACUGCAGAGCAGAUGGGACCACAGCUCUGAAACAGAUCGAGAUUAAUACGAUUGCUGCCAGUUUUGGGGGGCUAUCAUCUCGGACUCCUGCGGUGCACCAACACGUCCUGAAGGCACUCGGGAAACCAGAAGAAGCUUGUAAGAUUCUGUCAAACAACCCAUCACUUGGGAUAUCCCGAGCGAUUGCUAAGGCCUGGGAACUGUAUGGCUCACAAAAGGCUGUUGUCAUGUUUUUGGUUGAGAGUGUACAGAGGAACAUUUUUGAUCACCGGUACAUUGAGAAUGAACUGUGGAACAGAAAUAUCAAAGUGAUUAGGAGACGUCUCACGGAUGUCUAUGAGAGAGGAUCAUUGGAUGAAAAGAAAUGUCUCUCUGUGGAUGGCUAUGAGGUUGCAGUGGCGUAUUUCAGAACUGGAUAUAUGCCUGAGGAUUACAGUGAGCAGGCUUGGGAAGCUCGUCUUAUGAUGGAAAGAUCCAGAGCAGUGAAAUGCCCAGACAUAGCAACCCAGCUGGUCGGUACCAAGAAGGUGCAGCAGGAACUGAGCCGCCCUCUUGUCCUGGAAAAGUUUCUGCCUGACAAACCGGAGGCCGUUUCCAGAAUCAGAGAGACUUUCGCAGGCCUGUACUCCUUAGAUAUUGGUGAAGAAGGAAACCACACUGUGAAGAUAGCACUGGAAAACUCAGACCAAUAUGUAUUAAAACCACAACGAGAAGGCGGAGGAAAUAAUAUCUACGGUGAUGAAAUCAGAGAAGUGCUAGAAAGGGUCAAAGAUAGCACGGAGUGCACUUCUUACAUUCUGAUGGAUAAGAUCAAGCCUCAGCCAGUAAGGAGCUGUCUACUGAGAGCCAAUAGCAAAGUAAAAGUGUCAGAAUGCAUCAGUGAGCUGGGUAUGUUCGGAGUCUAUGUGAGGCAAGGUGACAAGAUGGUUCUCAAUGAAGGUGUGGGUCAUCUUCUUAGGACAAAAGCCACUGAGCACGCUGAUGGUGGUGUGGCAGCUGGAGUCGCAGUCCUGGACAAUCCUUACCUCGUUUAGGGAUCAUGUGUGACCUCUGACACUCAAAGUGCCUAACUCCCCAUGCUGGACACUGGAGGAAGUUCUGUACGUCUGGUUCAUUAAAGCCCACAUGUUGGCGUUUUAAUCUUGGUUGUCAUCUUCCAACAGGACAUACAUAUUUGCCAAUGAAGGGCCUCUGAGACUGGUACAAUUCUGAAACUAAAUAGUACAUUAUUUUACAAAUUGAACAAUUUUAUUCAAGUGAUGUGGUAAAAUUAACCCUUAUUUUCACUAGCACACAAACUGUACACAAUUAUACAAUAGUCUGAAAAAACUAGAUUUUUGUACUUGCCGUAAAAUGUGUUUCUCUUCCGUAUCAUUGGGGGACACAGGGUUGACCAUGGGUAUAGCUGUUGCCACUAGGAGGCGACACUAAGCACAAAGGUGUGAGCUCUUCCCUCCAGCUAUACCCUUCCUACAGGGACUAAGCUAAAUCAGUUAGUGCAAAAGUAGUAGGAGAAGCAAGACAAAAACAGGAAAACCAAACUAUGUAGAAAACCAGAACCACGCAGGCCAGAAAAGGCCCGUAAACGAGAGAACGGGCGGGAGCCGUUUCCCCCAAUGAAGGGGAGAGAAAUCUAGUUUUCUGAUCCGUAUCAUUGGGGGGCACAGGCUUGACUAUGGGACGUUACAGAGCAGUCCCAAAGGUGGGCAUAAACAAGAACCCUCCAGCCAAUCAGAGAACCACCGUCUGCAAAAUGUUACGCCCCAGAGAAGCAUCAGAAGACGCAAAGGUGUGUACUCUGUAAAAUUUGGAAAAGGUGUG